UAGAAGAUCCAGUUGUCAGCAAUUUAAAACAAUAUUCAGGUUUUAACUUCUGUACAAGGCUAUUACAUAACCCUGAAGCAAGGAAAUUAACCAAAAGGAAUGUGCCUCUACUACCUAUAGAAAAUACAUUUCACUUCAGCUGCUUCAACGCUCCUUGGAAUUUUAAAAUGUUUCAAGCCUUGGUUCGGCAAGCGUAUCACCCCCUGCCCAGCCACCAGCCAGGGGAACCUGAAGCCAAGUACAAGGGGAAGCUGGUGCAUGAAACUCAGCUGAACUGCUUCUACAUCAAACCUGGAGGUUCCAACUAUGGGAGUCCCCGUCCAGCUCAUGCCAACAUGAAUGCCAAUGCAGCUGCAGGGCUUGCCCCAGAGCACAUCCCCACUCCGGGGGCAGCUCUGUCCUGGCAGGCUGCCAUCGAUGCUGCCAGGCAAGCCAAGCUGAUGGGCAGUGCUGGCAACGCCACCAUCUCCACGGCCAGCUCCACGCAGAGGAAACGGCAGCAGUAUGGCAAGCAGAAGAAGCAGGGUACCACCACAGCCACACGCCCUCCCCGGGCGCUGCUGUGCCUCACGCUGAAGAAUCCCAUCCGGAGAGCGUGCAUCAGCAUCGUCGAAUGGAAAUCAUUUGAAAUAAUUAUUUUACUGACUAUUUUUGCCAAUUGUGUGGCCUUAGCUAUCUAUAUCCCCUUUCCAGAAGAUGAUUCCAAUGCCACCAAUUCCAAUCUGGAACGAGUGGAAUAUCUCUUUCUCAUAAUUUUUACAGUGGAAGCAUUUUUAAAAGUAAUAGCAUACGGACUUCUCUUUCACCCCAACGCUUACCUCCGCAAUGGCUGGAAUUUACUAGAUUUUAUAAUUGUGGUAGUAGGACUUUUUAGUGCAAUUUUAGAACAAGCAACCAAAGCAGAUGGGGGGAAUUCAAUAGGAGGAAAAGGUGCCGGAUUUGAUGUUAAAGCACUGCGGGCUUUCCGAGUAUUACGUCCACUACGGCUGGUGUCUGGAGUUCCUAGUCUCCAGGUGGUUUUAAAUUCAAUUAUCAAGGCCAUGGUCCCUUUGUUGCAUAUUGCCCUGCUGGUGCUGUUUGUCAUUAUUAUCUAUGCCAUUAUUGGACUGGAGUUAUUCAUGGGGAAGAUGCAUAAGACCUGCUACCAUGUGCAAGGGGGACUGAUAGAUACACCUGCAGAAGAUGAUCCAUCUCCGUGUGCCCCCCAGUCUGCCCACGGGCGGCAGUGUCAGAACGGUACCGAGUGCAAGGCGGGCUGGGAGGGACCUAAGCACGGCAUUACCAACUUUGACAAUUUUGCUUUUGCCAUGCUCACGGUGUUUCAGUGCAUCACCAUGGAGGGCUGGACAGACGUGCUGUACUGGGUCAAUGAUGCCAUAGGAAGGGACUGGCCCUGGAUCUAUUUUGUUACACUAAUCAUCAUAGGGUCAUUUUUUGUACUUAACUUGGUUCUCGGUGUACUUAGCGGGGAGUUUUCCAAAGAAAGAGAAAAGGCUAAGGCUCGAGGAGAUUUCCAGAAGCUACGGGAAAAGCAACAGCUAGAGGAGGAUCUGAAGGGAUAUUUAGACUGGAUAACUCAAGCAGAAGACAUUGAUCCAGAAAAUGAAGAUGAAGGCAUGGAUGAGGAGAAGCCUCGUAACAUGAGCAUGCCCACCAGUGAGACCGAGUCUGUGAACACCGACAACGUCCCAGGAGCGGAUAUGGAAGGGGAGAACUGCGGCGCAAGGCUGGCGCAUCGGAUCUCAAAAUCAAAAUUUAGUCGCUACUGGCGCCGAUGGAAUCGAUUCUGCAGAAGGAAGUGCCGUGCUGCUGUCAAGUCCAAUGUUUUCUAUUGGCUGGUGAUCUUCCUCGUGUUCCUCAACACCCUCACCAUUGCCUCUGAGCACUACAACCAACCAGAUUGGCUCACGGAGGUCCAAGACACUGCCAAUAAGGUGCUGCUAGCUCUUUUCACGGCAGAGAUGUUGCUGAAGAUGUACAGCCUCGGUCUCCAGGCCUAUUUUGUGUCCCUCUUCAACCGCUUUGACUGUUUCAUUGUGUGUGGAGGCAUCCUGGAAACGAUCCUGGUGGAGACGAAGAUCAUGUCACCGCUGGGCAUUUCGGUUUUGAGAUGUGUCAGACUCCUAAGAAUAUUUAAAAUCACAAGAUAUUGGAACUCCCUGAGUAAUCUUGUGGCUUCACUCCUGAAUUCAGUCCGCUCCAUUGCCUCCCUGUUGCUGCUUCUCUUCCUCUUCAUCAUCAUCUUCUCACUCCUGGGGAUGCAGCUCUUUGGUGGCAAGUUUAACUUUGACGAGAUGCAGACCAGGAGGAGUACAUUUGACAACUUCCCUCAGUCCCUCCUGACUGUGUUUCAGAUCCUGACUGGGGAGGACUGGAAUUCGGUGAUGUAUGAUGGGAUCAUGGCUUAUGGCGGCCCCUCUUUUCCAGGAAUGUUGGUCUGUAUUUACUUCAUCAUCCUCUUCAUCUGUGGAAACUAUAUCCUGCUGAAUGUAUUUUUGGCCAUUGCUGUGGACAACCUUGCUGAUGCUGAGAGCUUAACAUCUGCACAGAAAGAGGAGGAAGAGGAAAAAGAAAGGAAAAAGCUAGCUAGGACUGCUAGUCCCGAAAAGAAACAGGAGAUGGAAAAAACAGCUGUGGAGGAAGAGACAAAGGAGGAGAAAAUUGAGCUGAAAUCAAUCACUGCUGAUGGAGAGUCCCCACCUGCUACCAAGAUCAACGUGGAUGAUUAUCAGCCCAAUGAAAAUGAAGAAAAGAGCCCUUAUCCCACAACAGAAGCACCAGCAGAGGAAGAUGAAGAAGAACCUGAGAUGCCUGUCGGCCCUCGACCUCGCCCAAUGUCUGAGCUGCACCUUAAGGAAAAGGCUGUGCCCAUGCCUGAUGCCAGUGCUUUUUUCAUCUUCAGUCCUAACAACAGGUUUCGUGUCCACUGCCAUCGAAUCGUUAAUGAUAACAUUUUCACCAACCUGAUCCUAUUUUUCAUCUUGCUCAGCAGCAUCUCCCUGGCAGCUGAGGACCCUGUGCGACACCUCUCCUUUAGGAACCAAAUUCUCUUUUAUUUUGAUAUAGUUUUUACUGUCAUUUUCACCAUUGAAAUUGCUCUGAAGAUCCUAGGCAAUGCAGACUAUGUCUUCACUAGUAUCUUUACAUUAGAAAUUAUUCUUAAGAUGACCGCCUAUGGGGCUUUCCUCCACAAGGGCUCCUUCUGCAGGAACUAUUUCAACAUCUUAGACCUGCUGGUGGUCAGCGUUUCUCUCAUCUCCUUUGGGAUCCAGUCCAGUGCCAUUAAUGUGGUGAAGAUCCUGCGUGUUCUGCGGGUCCUUAGACCACUGAGGGCAAUCAACAGAGCCAAAGGACUAAAGCACGUGGUCCAGUGUGUGUUUGUUGCCAUCCGAACCAUCGGGAACAUUGUGAUUGUCACCACUUUGCUGCAGUUCAUGUUUGCCUGCAUUGGAGUUCAGCUGUUUAAGGGCAAGCUGUACAGCUGCACUGACAGCUCCAAGCAGACAGAAGCAGAAUGCAGAGGGUACUACAUCACCUACAAGGAUGGGGAGGUCAGCCAGCCCAUGAUACAGCCCCGGAGCUGGGAGAAUAGCAAGUUUGACUUCGACAAUGUCCUGACUGCCAUGAUGGCCCUCUUCACCGUCUCCACCUUUGAGGGCUGGCCAGAGUUGCUGUAUAGGUCCAUUGAUUCCCACAUGGAGGAUGUGGGACCCAUCUAUAAUCACAGGGUUGAGAUCUCCAUCUUCUUUAUUAUCUACAUCAUCAUCAUUGCUUUCUUCAUGAUGAACAUCUUCGUUGGUUUCGUCAUCGUCACAUUUCAGGAACAAGGAGAACAAGAGUACAAGAAUUGUGAGCUGGACAAAAACCAGCGCCAGUGUGUAGAGUAUGCCCUGAAAGCCCGGCCCCUGCGGAGAUACAUCCCUAAAAACCAGUACCAGUACAAAGUUUGGUAUGUGGUCAACUCCACCUAUUUUGAAUACCUGAUGUUCGUUCUGAUCCUGCUGAACACCAUCUGCCUGGCCAUGCAACACUAUGGUCAGAGCUGCAUGUUCAAGGAAGCCAUGAAUAUUCUCAACAUGCUCUUCACUGGCCUCUUCACUGUGGAGAUGGUCCUGAAAUUAAUCGCCUUCAAACCCAAGGGUUACUUUAGUGAUCCUUGGAAUGUUUUUGACUUCCUCAUCGUAAUUGGCAGCAUUAUAGACGUCAUUCUCAGUGAAACUAAUCACUAUUUCUGUGAUGCAUGGAAUACAUUUGACGCCUUGAUUGUUGUGGGUAGCAUUGUUGAUAUAGCAAUCACCGAGGUGAACCCAGCUGAACAUACCCAAUGCUCUUCCUCUAUGAACGCAGAGGAAAACUCUCGCAUCUCAAUCACCUUCUUCCGACUCUUCCGCGUGAUGCGUCUCGUGAAGCUCCUGAGCCGAGGGGAGGGCAUCCGGACGCUGCUUUGGACCUUCAUCAAGUCCUUCCAGGCUCUCCCCUAUGUGGCUCUUUUAAUAGUGAUGUUGUUCUUCAUCUACGCUGUGAUUGGGAUGCAGGUAUUUGGUAAAAUUGCGCUGAACGAUACCACAGAAAUCAACCGCAACAAUAACUUCCAGACCUUCCCCCAGGCAGUGCUGCUGCUUUUCAGGUGUGCCACAGGUGAGGCCUGGCAGGAAAUCAUGCUGGCAUGUCUCCCAGACAAGAAAUGUGACCCGGAGUCAGAGCCAGCCAACUCCACAGAAGCCGAUCACUCCUGCGGCAGCAGCUUCGCUGUCUUCUAUUUCAUCAGCUUCUACAUGCUCUGUGCCUUCCUGAUCAUCAAUCUUUUUGUAGCUGUUAUAAUGGAUAACUUUGAUUACCUGACACGGGACUGGUCCAUUUUAGGACCACAUCACCUGGAUGAGUUUAAAAGGAUCUGGGCAGAGUAUGACCCUGAAGCUAAGGGACGGAUCAAACACCUGGAUGUUGUGACGCUGCUCCGGCGGAUCCAGCCCCCGCUGGGCUUCGGGAAGCUCUGUCCUCACCGGGUGGCUUGCAAACGUCUUGUCUCCAUGAAUAUGCCACUGAACAGUGAUGGGACCGUCAUGUUCAAUGCCACUCUCUUUGCAUUGGUCAGAACAGCACUGAGGAUCAAGACAGAAGGUAACCUGGAGCAAGCCAACGAAGAGCUGAGAGCAAUAAUUAAGAAAAUCUGGAAGCGCACCAGUAUGAAGCUGCUGGACCAGGUGGUGCCUCCUGCAGGUGAUGACGAGGUGACCGUCGGGAAGUUCUACGCCACUUUCUUGAUCCAGGAAUAUUUCCGGAAGUUCAAGAAACGUAAAGAGCAGGGGCUGGUGGGGAAGCCCUCCCAGCGCAAUGCACUGUCCUUACAGGCUGGUCUACGCACACUCCACGACAUUGGGCCGGAGAUCCGACGAGCAAUUUCUGGAGACCUGACAGCUGAAGAAGAGCUGGACAAGGCCAUGAAAGAAGCUGUUUCUGCUGCCUCUGAAGAUGAUAUCUUCCGGAGAGCUGGAGGCUUGUUUGGAAACCAUGUGAGCUACUACCAAAGUGAUGGCAGGAGUGGGUUCCCCCAGACAUUCACCACCCAGCGACCUUUGCACAUCAAUAAGUCUGGCAACAACCACGGAGAUACGGAAUCUCCAUCUCACGAGAAGCUGGUGGACUCCACCUUCACUCCCAGCAGCUACUCAUCUUCAGGCUCCAAUGCCAACAUCAACAAUGCCAACAACACUGCCCUGUGUCGCUUCCCCAGCCCACCCAGCUACCCCAGCACUGUCAGCACAGUGGAAGGCCAUGGGACCCCCUUGUCACCCACCAUAUGUGUGCAGGAGGCUCCCUGGAAGCUCCCAUCCAAAAGCUCCAGUUCCAGAGACAGCCAGCUGGCAAUUGUUUGCCAAGAGGAAGUGUCUCAGGAUGAGACUUAUGAUGAAAAUUUGAAUGAAGACAUUGAGUACUGUAGUGAACCAAGUCUGCUCUCUACUGAAAUGCUUGCAUACCAAGAUGAUGAAAACAGACAACUCACUCUGCCAGAAAACAGCAAAGGAGAGGACACCCGGCACUCUCCGAAGAAGGGGUUUCUGUGCUCCUCAGCUCUAGGUCGAAGAGCAUCUUUUCACUUAGAGUGUUUGAAAAGACAGAAAAACCAGGGUGUGGAUGUCUCACAAAAGACAGUCCUGCCUUUGCAUCUGGUCCAUCAUCAGGCGUUAGCAGUGGCCGGCCUGAGUCCCCUGCUCCAGCGAAGCCAUUCCCCCACCAUGUUUUCUCGGCUGUGUGCUACACCCCCGGCCACGCCCUGCAACCGGGGCUGGCCGCAACAAACCAUCCCAACGCUGCGCCUCGACGGGGCGGAAUCCUCGGAGAAGCUCAACAGCAGCUUGCCGUCCGUGCACUGCGGCUCCCGGUACCCCGAGAGCGGCGGCAGCCCCAGGAGAGCCCGGCCGGUGUCCCUGACUGUGCCCAGCCCCACCGCAGGGAGCAGCCGGCAGCUCCACGGCAGCGCCAGCAGCCUGGUGGAAGCGGUUUUGAUUUCGGAAGGACUGAUGCAGUUUGCUCAAGAUCCAAAGUUCAUUGAGGUCACAACCCAGGAGCUCGCAGACGCCUGCGACAUGACGAUAGAAGAGAUGGAAAAUGCAGCAGACAACAUUCUCAAUGGUAACAGCAAGCAGAGCCCCAAUGGCAACCUCUUGCCUUUUGCUAACUGCAGGGACCCAGGGCAGGACAGUGCAGGAGAGGAAGAGGAAGAGGUGCAAAACCCGGAUUGUAGGAUAAGUCAGGAGGAGCUCAAGGACAGCAGGAUUUAUAUCAGCAGCCUGUAG